CUCCUUCUUUUCUUCUCUUCCGCCUCGUCUCUCCUUCUCCUCCUCCCUAAUACUCUCAGUUCUGGUUUGCCCAUCUUUGCGUGAACAUCACACGGUUUUCUCUCUGAUGUUUCAGGAUGAACAAAACAAGCAAGGCCAUCCAUGAAGCAUCUCGACCUGAUUGGUUGCUCUACACAGUUCCAGCUUCAGCCUUUCUGAUUGGAAUUGUUGUGUUCACAUACAUCUGCAAAACACAGCGUCCCAGGAACAGCAGAUUGCCCACAAAGCAGAGGACAAACACAACUGGACAUUUUGCCACACACACUGACAAUGGGUACAUUAAGAGCGGUGCUCAGAGGUGUAUGGAGAGCUCUGAAAACAACAAGAAGGAUGAGACGCAGUCAUAUGAGAAUGUAGAAGCAGCUAUCUACAGCAAUCAAGACAAAGUCACAUACUAUGUUUCUGCAGAUGAAGAUUAUCUUACCCCAGAUGCAAUUGGGGAAGAGGAAGCUGUGGGGCCACAGAAACAUCACAACACCCUACAAAUGCCUAGCAAUCUGACAACUACGGAUGGAGAGUCGUAUGAGAAUAUGGUGGAGUGUUUAUAUGCUCAGCCUCGCAAACAGACACAGAAGCUCCGACACUCCACUGUAAACGACGAUUACAUAAAUCCUGAUGAAGAUGGAAAACAAGACACUGACUACAUAAAUCCUGAUGAAGAUGGAAAACAAGACACUGACUACAUAAAUAGUAAACAGCAGCCCAUGGCACCAUGGAGGAUGAUUCAUAUGAGAAGAUGAAUGGAAUCCCAGUCUCGCUGCAGAUAAAGAAGAGAUGGAAGAAGGCCGUGUGAAUGAAAGAGAUGCAGAGAAAUGGACAACUGCAAUCAAAAUGCAAUUAACUGAGAGAUUCUUUUUUAAAUGUAAACCUUUAGGGGCAGCUACUGGAUGACAACUAAUUAUAUAUAUCUUUUAAAUAUAAAUAGCCUAUAUCAAUUAUACAUUACAUAAAAAAACAACAACCUUGAGAUUGAAAUCAAAAUGGACUACUUGCUUCAAAAACUUUUAGGGCACAAUUAAACACAGCAAAGAAACAAUGACACACAAGCCAUGUUUCACUUUCCAAUCAAAUCCUGAAUUGCACUCAAAAUGUUGCAUGGCAUAAUAUUAAAAGGUGACGAUUUUUUUUUUUUUUUGUUAAUCUUUUUAGAAUUGUUUUUUUAUAUAUUUGUAUUACGUUGUUGUUGUUGUUGUUUUUUUUUUUUUUUACAGUUUUUACCUGUUUCUUUGUUUUGGCCCCUUUAAAGUCACACUAUGCACAUUUUCGCCGCUAGAGGGCGUAUAUUCAAAAUAAACAAAGACAACUACCCAGUAGCCGAGUGUGGAAUCAUGGGAGUUGUAGUCUUCAUCCUCACAGCCGAUUCAAUCCAACCGUACUUGUGGUACUCGACCAGAAAUCAUGUUCAUGAUUUAUUAUCGUAGUAGAAUGAAGCAGGGUGAGACUGGAAGCGGUCGAUGUGAAACGAAGCCACAGCACAAGCACACGACAAAAAUACCUACAAGUUGCUUUUAAGAUGUUCUGUUCAAGCUUUUAUUUGAUGCGAUCUGGGUGGAGAAAUUCACAUUGUGUUUAGAAAUAAACUGGUAAAUAUCACAAAAAUGUCCUGGUCCUAUAUUACUUUAAAAUUUUAAUUUAAAUGUAUUACUUCUACAUAAUUAAUGCAAUUAUUUGAAUAGUAACGUUACAUAUUUAUAUGAAAUGAAUGUUACUUAACAUUUAAAUAAUAAUUUUCAUAUAUGACUAAUUGUUUUUUUAUGCAUUUUUGUUUAAUCUCGUUUCAUAAAGUCUCUUUGUGAAAUUCAUUAUCUGGGUUGCAAUUUUCAAGAACUUCCUGAACAUUGUUUUAUUGCUGUAAUAAUAUUCAAGUAAAUGUGACAAUAUAGACUCCAUGAAUGA